AUGGCGCUGGUGCUGCUGAUGCAAGUGAUGACGGUCCAGUGGGCGGACACCAUCCUGCUGACCGACCUGGAACUUCUCAGGCAGGCCGUGCUCGAAGCGCAGACCGUCCUCAACUACAGGCUCAGCCACGCGCCACUCUACGACGGCUCGGCCAACGGAGCCCCUUCGACCUGUCCGGGGUCGUCUCUGAGGCACCAAGCCAGCCGUGCUUCGACCAUCAAGUCCCGACGCAUGGCUCAGGCAGCCAAACUCUUUGAAGAGACAACCAAGGCCCUGGUGACGAGGCUCCCGGGCGGCCUGGAAGCGGCGCAGUCCCUGCAGUCCCUGGCCGACCAAGAUCUGUCUUUGGAACAGGCGAGCCAGGAAUGCAACCUGGACUCACGAAUCGUGCCCUGCGACCCGGACUCGGCCUUCCGACGCUCCGAGGGUUCCUGCAACAACCUGGCCAAUCCGCGCUGGGGCAUGGCCGGCAGCUGCAUGUCCAGACUUCUGGAGCCUGCCUACCAAGACGGCAUCAGCAGCCCCCGAGUGUCCCGCAGCGGCAAAGAACUGCCCAAUGCCCGUCUGGUGUCGUCCACGGUGCAUCCGGACCGCACGGUGCCCAGCCCCAGGUUCUCGCACAUGCUCAUGCAGUUCGGACAGUUCAUGGACCAUGACGUGGCCCUGGCUCCCCUCGAGGCCCAUCCCGGAGAGAUCAGGAACCUCGGAAACCCCAACAACCCAAUCGACUGCUGCACGCCCGAACGGUGGGUGCUGCCGGAGUGCUACUCCAUUGCGGUGCCCGAGGGGGAUGAGUUCUUCGCGGCUCUGGGACAAACCUGUCUCAACAUGCCACGAUCGGCACCCUGCUCCUGCAAGUUGGGCUACCGGGAGCAACAGGACGCUCUGACCUCGUACCUGGACCUGUCCCAGGUCUACGGCAGCAGUACCGAGGACACCCUAAGGCUCAGACUCGGCCAGGGAGGUCUUCUGCGCACCCAGACGCUGGACGGGGAGGAGUUGCUGCCGCGCAGUUUCUACCCAGACUCGGAUCGAUGUAGCAACCUGGAGAAAGGAGAAGUGUGCUUCCGAGCCGGAGACGAGCGCGUCAACGAGCACCCAGCCUUGGCGUGCCUCCACACGGUGUGGUUGCGUCAGCACAACAAGGUUGCCAGAGAACUGGCGCGACUCAACAGUCUGUGGGACGACGAAAGGCUGUUCCAGGAAACCAGACGCAUCGUGGGCGCCCAGUGGCAGCACAUCGCGUACAGCGAGUGGAUGCUCGUUGUGCUGGGACCCGACGCGAUGGCCCGGUACCAGCUCACGCCCACGGGCAGAAGCCGCUACUCGCCCACCGUCGACGGCAGCCUCCUCAACGAGUUCGCCUCGGCGGCCUUCCGGCUCGGGCACACGCUCAUCGACGGGGUCUUCAACAGAGUAACCGAGCACGGAGAGGCGAGCCCGUACGAGCUGCAGGACUUCUACUUUUUCCCAUUCUACCUGUACCACGGAGACAUGGACAACGUGGUGCGAGGGCUGCUGCGCCAGUCCAGCCAGGACUACGACAGCUUCGUGACCAUCGGCGUGUCCCAGCACCUGUACCGGCUCCGCAACGAGUCCUACGGCCUGGACUUGAUCGCCCUGAACCUGCAGCGCGGGCGCGAGCACGGGCUCAGGCCCUACAUCGACUACCUGACCUACUGCACGGGCCACGUGGUCAACAGCUUCGACGACCUGCUGCGUUACAUCCCGGCCAAGGUCGUCAACCAGUACAUCAGUCUCUACGAAGAUGUGACGGACAUUGACCUCUUCACUGGCGGUGUGUCGGAGACCAGUGUCCCGGGAGGUCUGGUGGGUCCGACCUUUGCCUGCAUCCUCGGCGAGACCUUCAACAAGCUCAAGUUCGGAGACAGAUUCUACUACGAGCACGAGGGACAGGCAGGCUCCUUCGCUCCCGAGCAACUGCAGCAGAUCCGCAAGACCAGCCUGUCCCAGAUCCUGUGCGAUAACAGCUACUCCCUCCGGACGAUUCAGCUCAACGCAAUGCUCGGACCCAACCCCGUCGACAACCCGGAGGUGGAGUGCGAGAGUUUACCCCGGCCGGACCUAUCCUUCUGGCAGUACCCGUGA